UGUAAGCGCACAGAGACACGCCCACUCCGACGUCGCGCUGCUUCCGGUGUCGGCGUGUUAGGGGAAGUCGGGCGGAGCCGAGUGGAAACUCAGAGAAAGAUAACGGUAACGUAAUCAAGAAAUGGACAUCCGUCAGUUGUUGCUGUGCCUCUCUCUGUGGGUGGCUUGUAGUCUGAGCAAGCCCACGGAGAAGAAGGACCGGGUCCACCAUGACCCUCAACUAAGCAACAAGGUCCAUGAUGAUUCCCAGAGCUUUGACUAUGACCACGAUGCCUUUCUGGGAGCUGAGGAAGCCAAAUCAUUUGACCAGCUGACACCUGAAGAAAGCAAAGAGAGACUGGGAAUCAUUGUAGGUAAGAUAGACUUGGAUAAGGAUGGGUUUGUGACGGAUGGGGAGCUAACUGCAUGGAUCAAGAAGGCUCAGAAGAAGUAUGUGUAUGACAACGUGGAACGUCAGUGGCACGAGUUUGACAUGAACCAGGAUGGAGUCGUAUCAUGGGAUGAAUACAGAAAUGUCACCUAUGGCACAUACCUGGAUGAUCCUGAUCCCGACAACAGCUUUAACUACAACCAGAUGAUGGUGAGAGAUGAGAGGCGUUUUAAAAUGGCGGACAAGGAUGGUGAUCUCAUUGCUACAAAAGAGGAAUUCACUGCUUUCCUGCAUCCGGAGGAGUAUGACUACAUGAAGGACAUUGUGGUUUUGGAAACCAUGGAAGAUAUUGAUAAAAACGGAGAUGGAGUCAUAGACCUUGAUGAGUACAUAGGUGAUAUGUAUAACCAUGAUGGUGAUGCAGAUGAGCCAGAGUGGGUGAAAACUGAGAGAGAACAGUUUGUGGAAUUCAGAGACAAGAAUCGUGAUGGCAAAAUGGACAAAGAGGAGACCAAGGACUGGAUAUUACCCUCUGACUACGACCAUGCAGAGGCUGAGGCUCGCCAUCUUGUAUAUGAGUCUGACCAAAACAAGGACGGGAAGCUGACACGGGAAGAAAUAGUUGAUAAAUAUGAUUUAUUUGUGGGCAGCCAAGCUACAGACUUCGGGGAAGCUCUUGUCAGACACGAUGAAUUCUAAGUGACACAGCCAUUGCCACAUCCCCCCUCUCCUUCACAUGGACGAGUGGAUGAAACAGCAAUUUAAUCGAGAACAAAAGUAAUUUAUUCUAAAUGGACGUUACAGUCUAAGAGACAACAGAGGAAAUGCAGACAAUUUUCUGAAUUCCCUGGGUGUGAUAUUUGGCAAGCAUUUUUUUUCUAGGAUCCUGGCUGCCAUGGCAUCACCUCGGCCGUGUCCUUUUCACUAAAAUGGUUAGAGAUCGUAUAAGAUGACAUGCACUUUACUGUGCUAGUAUUAAUGUCAUAAUGCCAGUGGUGACUUCACUGGUCAACAAAACCGAGGUUCACAUAAAUGCAGUGGAUCCUCGGUCUUCCUCGUGUCCCAUGUUCACAGUGCAACGUUGGUGUGCCUCGGUUGUGCUUUUGAGAAAAGUACCCAAUUUGCUUUUAAAGAAAACAAACCUUAUUGGAUGCUUGUGUGCAUUUAAGUGAUAAUGUCUCAGAAAUGUAUUUGCGUGAGCCCAUCUGUUUGCCUUAUCUGUGAGCCUCCAUGUAUAACUAGACUGGAAGAAUCCGGUUGGCCAUUUUUCCAGUUAAUUUGCUGCCUAUUUCUACAUUUAGUAUUUUAUUUUUAGUAUGUAAUUUGCAGUUUAAACAUUUAGUAGUAUCACAGUAGUUCACUAUUGGUCACCUAGUUCAUUUCAUCUUUACAAACCCAUGUUUGUGUCAGAGUUUGCGUGUAAAUACAUCCUACUGUGGAGGAGCUGAGUGAAUAGAGGGUUUUUGUUUUAUUUCCAAACUUGUUUAUGCCAUAUCAGUCCCUGUUUGCUGAAUAAUAGCACAAGUAGAAUAUAAAUUGCCUUUACGUUCAAAGUUUCAGAAACCAGAAAUUCCCUUAGUUAUUUGUAAUCUGUUCUUAAUCAUAUGCAUUUAUUCAUUGAGUCUUCUGUUUUUAACGAAUCUUCCAGGUUUUUGAAGCAGGUAGUUUAAUGGUGAUUGUGGAGAUGGGUGUUUCGAUCAAGUAUUGUGUAUCGUAUGUGAGGAUGAGGGAAAUACACUGUAUACACUACUGCUUCUUAAUACCUCUUUUAAUGUUCUCAUGCAGCCUUUAACAUUUCAAACAUUUUAUAUGAUUGCCUUCUGGGCCCAAACUGUUGAAGCCAAUCAGCUGUGAAGAACUGACCUACAACAUUUACAAGUGGUUCCAUUCAUGGAAGUUCUCAAUUCUCUGUGUUUUUUUAGUUUUUAAAAUACUCUACACCUCUCACUGAAUAAGUUCCUCUGAGGCAACUGAGAAUCUUAUUAAUUACCAGUUACUGCUGUAUCCAGGUGGAGGGGGCACUAAAUCAUAUGAAAACAGUAUUGAUAUUUCAUCCUGUACCACAAGUAGCUGUUUUUCCAUUUUAAAUGAGGCAACAAUAGCUUGAAGCUGUCAUAUGUCAGUUCUAUACAAUAAAAACUAACUUGUAUAUGCAGGUUACAGAUGCAUUAGUAUUUGUAAUAUACUUCUUGUGUAUAUCACUGGGAGCAGCCAUCUUAUCUCAGUUUACAGGACUUGAAUGUGUUUCCUUUUGCUGAAGUUACAAGUAGGAACGCUGAGGGUAGGAGGAGAGGAAAGGAAAGCACAUCAGGGCAGUGAACAAAUAUCCUUUUGAUACCGAUCCCUUUUAACUUAAACCAGUCCGGUGAUUAUAAAAACAAUAAGCCCAACACAUAGCUUGUUUUUAAUCGGGGAAUGUGGUCAUGCUAUACGCUGCUGUAACUGCAUUUCAGCUGAUUGUGGAAAUUUAUAUUGCCUUAUUAGUUGUAAAGUCUUUUGAAAGUUUCCGCUGUACUUUUUUGUGGACCUACACAUUUGUAAGCUAAAAAACCUCAAUGUGUGCAGUCUUUAAGUUUGGUACAUCUUAUUUAGAUUAAAAAAUGAUGCAACACAGAUUGGCACAUUUGUCCAUAAGUUCAAGUUGUGUAAGGUAUUGAACUCAUCCAAAUGUCUCUAAUGCAUGAAUCUGGUAUUUUUUUUUUAUUAUUAAAGUUAGAUAUUAAUACAUGUAACAAUUAAGAGGUAGAUCAUAUCGGUUAUAUUAAAGUGCCACGUGCCCAUCCAUGUCUGUAUCCAAAAUCAAAUACCCUUCUCACUGUAGGAUGUCCAUUCACCAAAUUCUCAUUUAAAAUACUUUAUAGUUUUACUAAAAGUUCCUCUUCGUAUUCAAAUUCCAUGUAACACAUUUUUUAAACACUACUUGUUUUGUAUAAUAAUGCGUCUUGGUGCGCACCCAAUAAAAUGUUUAAUAACAA